GGAGUGAAUGGGUGGUGGAAAGAAGAGGUAGAGAAGAGAAGAAUGUGUGUCAGUGAGUCAGGAAGAGCUGAAUGGAGAUUACGCAGGACAGUACCAGUAGAGAAGACACAACAAAACAAGGAGCCAAACAUUUCGUUCAUUUAUCCAGAGACAGAGACAGCGAAAGAUGAAGAGUUUGGCCAAACUUCAGGGAAACACAGAGCAACCGCUGAUGUCUUUAUCAAACACUCUCCCAUCCUUGGAUGAUCAGCACUCGAUGCAAGAACAUACUGAAAGGAGUCUUUUGCUGGAAGACAAACAGGGUUGUUCAAAGAAGAGUACAGAAUUGGAAAAUGCAGAACAAAGCUGGAGCUUAAGACCCAAACACAUACCUGAGGGCAAAGAGUCAUACACAUUGACAGGGCUCAGCGAUGUCUCUUUGCCUCCUGAUCCACCUUCAGCCUCCGUCUCCACUGAUGACCUCUCUCCAAUCUCACCCUGCAACCAUCAGCCUCUUUUCACUAGAAAAAUAUCUACCACACCACAGCGCUCCAUCAAGGCCCUCAAGAGAUGGUUGAGCAGCCCAGCUCGAAAGCUUAGUCUGGGCAGAGUUGGCAAGGGUCAGAGCUCAAAGGUCAUUCAGAGCCCAGAAGGGUCAUCCUCUAUGUUUCUCACUCUCUCAUCUACUCAAAGCCCACUGAGCCCAGCGGAAUCCAAGAAACUGCCCCGCUCCUACAGAUCUCUGGACUGUGCUGAACUUUCAGGGCCAGCAUCUCCUGGCAGUCCCCAUUACCCAAGAUACCCAAGGCAUCACUCUUGCAAUGUGCAUUCUGGGGAGAGAGAUCCCGACUUGAGUGACGAGACACGUAUAUAUUCGCAGAGCAUAGAGGAUGAUGAGCAGGAGAGAAGAACUGCUUUAGAGAAAAGCAUAUAUGUGCUGUCAGAGCUGAUAGAAACAGAGAAGCUGUAUGUGGACGAUCUGGGGCUUGUAGUGGAGGGUUAUAUGGCUACAAUGAGAAGUGCUGGGGUGCCAGAGUAUUUGGUGGGAAAGGAUAAAAUUGUGUUUGGGAACAUUCAUCAGAUCUAUGACUGGCACAAAGACUAUUUUCUUGGGGAGUUGGAGAAAUGUGUGUGUGAACCUGACCUGCUGGCACAACUGUUUAUCAAACAUGAGAGGAGGCUCAACAUGUAUGUGGUUUACUGUCAGAACAAGCCAAAGUCAGAGCACAUCGUCUCAGAGUACAUUGAAACCUAUUUUGAGGAACUGAGACAACAGCUGGGUCACAGACUGCAGCUAAAUGACCUGCUCAUCAAACCAGUUCAGAGAAUCAUGAAAUAUCAGCUUCUGCUAAAGGACUUCUUGAAGUGCUACACUAAAGCAGGCAGACAAACUGAAGAUCUUGAGAGGGCAGUAGAGGUGAUGUGUUUUGUUCCAAAGCGAUGUAAUGACAUGAUGAAUGUUGGAAGACUACAGGGUUUUGAGGGUCAACUUAGAGCACAAGGAAAACUCUUGCAACAGGACACCUUCACAUUCACUGAGAAUGAGAACAGCAUCCUCUCCCGUCCCAAAGAGAGACGGGUGUUCCUCUUCGAGCAACUUGUCAUCCUCAGUGAACCAAUCGACCGCAAGAAAGGAUUUUCCCUGCCAGGAUACAUCUACAAAAACAGCAUCAAGAUUAGUUGUUUGGGAAUUGAGGAUCAUUGCCCAGAUGACCCAUGUCGGAUGGUGUUGACAUCUCGUAAUAUUGAUGGAAGCAUGCAACGAUUUAUUCUUCGUGCAUCAUCUCCAGAAGUCAUAAUGACCUGGGCAAAUGACAUCAUACAGAUGCUGGAGACACAGCGCAACUUCUUAAACGCCCUGCAGUCUCCUAUUGAAUUCCAGAGGAAAGGAAUUACAUUUCUCAGCCUGGGAGAGAACUUGACAACUUCACCCUCACUGAACUCUGGCCUGCAACCUUUUCGCUCUGCCUCCAUAGACUGCCACGGUCAGCCCUGUCUGCACUCCUGGAGUCCUUCACAACCUUCUAUGCCCCAUUGAAAGCUUUCUGACAGUCUGUGAAGGCAGUUUCUCAUCUUCCUCUUCCCUCAACUCAUACAAUGCCCCAUCUGUUACCCUCAAGAGAGCAUUAUAAGAAGAUAAAGGAAGUCUUAGGCCAUUUGUUAGUUCAUUUCAAUAUAAGUCACACAAACAAACUGUAAACCUAUCACAAGCUUCAAUCUUUGACAAUGUUAACAAUUUGAGUAUUUUAUACCUACUAGAUUACAUUUUCUACCAUAACAAAAAUGUUAUGUAUUUGACUGUAUAUGCUAAACUUUUUGUCACUGACAGGAUAUAAUUCAUGAAGUCAAAAUUAUAUUUGUAGCUACUGCUAAUUUUAUAUUACUGAAUGCAGAGGCUGAAUUUCGGCAUUUGACUUGGCAGAUUCUGUAAAUAUCAGGUAUGUGCACUUGAACCUUUUUGUAAAUGGACACAAUUUCAAGCUAUCCAAUGUGUUGCUAUUUCUUAUUUCAAUGUAGAUGUAUUCAUUAGCAGUUUAUAUUCAAUGACCCUAAGGAUUUUAAUAUUAAAAGCUGUCAGUUUAAAGAUUCUAAAAGAUUGUCUAUAGAUUUACACAGCUCUUCAGGAACACAGAAGACAUGGCACGAAAUGUUAUCACCAAAGCCUUUAUCUCAUUCCAUUCGACAACAAAUUAUUUUUUUUUUACAUUUACAAAAAAGGAAAACUAAAAUUUCCAGCUUUAUAUUUAAGGGACAUUUGCAAACUACAUUUUGUUCUUUUAAAAUAUGAUCAAUAGGCAGCCAUAGUUUUUGGGAGACAGAAAAUUAGCUACCUUCCUGUAGAGAUACAAAACCCCAACAGAAAUUAGAAGUCAUGCAGACUCAGUGAGAAUCCAGAGAUGAAGAGACAGAAUCAUGAUCAGUGAAGUGAGGAGGAAGCAGGGAGGUUUUUGAGAAAAAUGCUUUAAAUAUCAUCAAAAAUUCAAACUCUCCAUUUAAUACACAGCCAAAAAAAAAUCUGAUAUUCAGCUUCCCAUAUCUGUUUAAGCUCCUAUCAUCUUAAGCUCAUCUGAAACUAAUUGUAAGAAUCAGCCUUACACCAAUGCUUUUACAUGCUCCUUCUGACCUUGCGAAUAUGCAGGGCAGAUAACUGCAGUAUAAUGACUGGUAGAGUGUGAUAAAGAGCCAUUUAAAAGGAUUUUUUAACCUUUUUUUUUUUGUUUUGUUUUGAGGAGCAUCACAUUCAAGAUACAAAGCAAGAGCACAAGAUUUAGUUUUCAAUUCAAUUUUACACCAUUGCUUGUUAUAUUCAGCCUGUGUGCUCAUUAAAAUCCAUUAUGUACUGAAUUAUGUAUUAUAUAAAAUUCAUUAUGUAUC